AUGGCGCUUGUCAGAGUCAAGUGACCUAUGUGUUGCAACUAAAGCGAACGUGUUAGUCAUUAUCUAGCCAGUGUAACUUUGUUUGGACGGAUAACAAGUAUGUCUUGGGGAGGUCCACCGCAGCAGGGAUAUGGAGGCUAUGGCACUGGGGCUGGAUAUUACCAGCAGCAACCUCAACAGAGUCCCCAGUAUAGCCAGCCUGGACAGUACAAUCAGGCUUAUGGUCAACCCCCUCAGCAACAAUAUGGCCAACCCCCUCAGCAACAAUAUGGACAGCAACAACAGCAGUUUGAUCAGCAGUAUGGAGGAGGUUACCAACAAAGACCUGGUGGUGCUCCCCCAUCGUAUGGGGCCCCACAAGGUUAUGGAGCCCCUCAGACAGCAGGCUAUGGUCGGGGAUAUGGGGCACCUGCCCCACCCCCAGGAAUAAGUCAGGAAAUGUGGAGCUGGUUUCAGGCAGUGGACCAGGACCGAUCGGGCACCAUCAACUCAAAGGAACUUCAACAGGCACUGAUGAAUGGAAACUGGUCCCCCUUCAACAGCGAGACCUGUAGACUCAUGAUAGGGAUGUUUGACAAAGACAGGAGUGGCACAAUCGAUGUGGGGGAAUUUUCAGCCUUGUGGAAAUAUAUUCAAGAUUGGAAGAACUGUUUUGAUGGCUUUGACACUGACCGUUCUGGAAACAUCGAUGCCCAGGAGUUGAGCAAUGCAUUCCGCACAUUUGGUUAUAAUUUGUCCCCAAGUUUCUGUGAUAUGGUUAUUCGUGUGUUUGACAGAAAGGGAAUUCGGAGCAUAAACUUUGAUGAUUUCAUUCAAACGUGUGUGAUGUUGAAAACAUUGACAGAUAAGUUCAGAGUGAAGGAUACACAACAGCAAGGAAUUAUCAACAUCAAUUACGAAGAAUUCUUGGAAAUGGUGCUGGACAACACACUGUUAAGACUGAAUUAAUCCAAACAAGUCUGUGAAUUGCUCAACCUGCACAAGAUGUCCCUGUCCAACAAGAAGUCCUCCUCCAUCCGCGUCAAAGAUGGACAAAUGUUCUCACCCUGGCCACCACUGCUCAUCCUCAAUGAAGUAGACAAGUCCUAUUUGCAACAAAGCUCAACAGGACACAUAUCAGCAGCCAUGUUGUCCGAAUCUUUUUCAAGAUCCAGCAACGUGCUGCAUAUUUUUGUAAGAAUUCCAUCACGACAUGCUGUUUUAAAUGUAGUGCUUUUGGAACAGUUCAGUUAGCUGUGCUAGAGCCUGUGAAUGAAUCCCUACACUACAUGCAGUUCAGUUAGCUGCGCUAGAGCCUGUGAAUGAAUUCCUACACACUACAUGCAGUUCAGUUAGCUGCGCUAGAGCCUGUGAAUGAAUUCCUACACUACAUGCAGUUCAGUUAGCUGCGCUAGAGCCUGUGAAUGAAUUCCUACACACUACAUGCAGUUCAGUUAGCUGCGCUAGAGCCUGUGAAUGAAUUCCUACACUACAUGCAGUUCAGUUAGCUGCGCUAGAGCCUGUGAAUGAAUCCCUACACUACAUGCAGUUCAGUUAGCUGCGCUAGAGCCUGUGAAUGAAUUCCUACACUACAUGCAGUUCAGUUAGCUGCGCUAGAGCCUGUGAAUGAAUUCCUACACACUACAUGCAGUUCAGUUAGCUGCGCUAGAGCCUGUGAAUGAAUUCCUACACUACAUGCAGUUCAGUUAGCUGCGCUAGAGCCUGUGUAUGAAUCCCUACACUACAUGCAGUUCAGUUAGCUGCGCUAAAGCCUGUGAAUGAAUUCCUACACACUACAUGCAGUUCAGUUAGCUGCGCUAGAGCCUGUGAAUGAAUUCCUACACUACAUGCUGUAAAUGAAGAUUUUGUUUGGUGUACCAAUGGAGAAAAUGGGUUCGGGAGAAAAUUGUUCUAGAUUCGUUUGGGCAACACGUGAUUAGCUGUUGGCUCAUCUUCCUUAUGAUUGGUGGGUUACACAGAUUUGUUAAUACCCUGUGUGGAAGCGGGUUCUGGUACAUGUCUUUUGUAAAUGAGGGUACCUUACACUCUGAACUGGACUAACGAGUGUCACGGACCUGCCUCAAAUAACCUUUCACAUACGACCUAUGGUAAACUACUCAAAAGAAAUUAAACAUACCCUAUUCUUUCA